AUGCACACAUUGAACAUUGAGGUGUGGAAUCCCACUACCGACCCCCGCUUCUCCCACAUGGGGCCCUUCAGGGACAGCACAUCUCUGCAGGUCAUCGUGGGGGACGUGGACGAGCCCCCACUCUUUUCCAUGGACUUCUACAUCUUGGACGUGUACGAGAAUUCUCCGGCUGGGACGCAGGUGGGCACGGUGUCAGCCCAGGACCCCGACACCACCAACAGCCAGAUGAGGUAUUUCAUUGAGAAAGAGGAAGGCCGAGCCAUGUUCUUCACCAUUGGAGUGAAUAGUGGGCUGAUCCGGACCAACCAGGCUCUGGACCGCGAGGAGACGGCUUGGCAUAACCUCACCGUGAUGGCUGCAGAGGUUGACACUGUCGAGGCCGUCCGAGAUUGCUUUGAAAGUGCCCUCUGGGACGAGCUCUGCGACCCCCAUGGGCAGGACAUUCAUGGCAUGACGGAGUGCAUCACGGGUUACAUAAACUUUUGCUUCCAGAACACUUCGGUUACCCGGAACCUGCUGUGCUUUGCCAACAACAAGCCGUGGAUUAAUUCCGACAUAAAGACUCUGCUGAAGGCAAAGAGGCACGCUUUUCGAUCUGGGAACGAAGAGGAGCUGAGAGACGUUCAGAGAAAUCUGAGGACGUCAGUGAGGGAGACCAAAGCUCGAUACAGGGGCCAAAUGGAAGCGCAGCUCAGCAAACAGAACAUCAAAGAUAACCCACGCAUGAUGAGCUACGUGCAGGUCACCAUCCAGGUCCUGGACAUCAACGACAACGUCCCAUCUGUCGCCGGGAGCAACAGUGCCAUCAUUGCCUGUGACAACACCAGAGUGGGACAGGUGAUCCAGACCCUGCGGGCGGCCGACAGGGACAACUUUGCCAAUGGGCAGUUUUCAUUUUGGAUUCCCCCAGAGCUCCAAGCAAACCCCAACUUCACCGUCCGUGACAAUGGAGACAGCACAGCUGGCCUGGUUUCCCGUCGGAGGGAGGGCUUCUCUGGCCAGAGGGACAGCUCCUUCAGCCUGGUGCUUGUAGUGUCAGACGGAGGUGAGCCUCCUCUCAGCAGCACCGCCACACUGCACAUCCGCGUGUGUGCUUGUGAGAGGAACAGGGGGCGCUAUGGAGCUAAUGUGUGCCAGGCCCAGGCCUUCCUCUCCUCAGCUGGCAUCAGCACUGGGGCUUUUGUGGCCAUCCUGCUCUGCACACUCAUACUACUCGCCACAGUAAUGCUCUUCACCCAACUUCACCUGAAGAAAACCAGCAAAGACAAACUCAUCCUUUCAGAGGAGGACAUCCGCGAGAACGUGGUGACCUACGACGACGAGGGCGGUGGCGAGGAGGACACCGAGGCCUUUGACAUCACCGCGCUUCGUAACCCCAAAGUGUCAGAACGGUACCCCAAACUCCAGAGCUACUAUGACCGCAGCACUUACAAGGACACAGAGACGGACAGCGAGGAAGAAAUUGUGAUUGUUCAGCGGAAACGGGACUAUUUCGGGGCUUACAGUCCAGAAUCGGCGCCUUCGUGGUUCGCCUCGGGUUGCGUGCAGAGAGAUGUCUCACGGUCAGAGCCCUCUCUUCUGCUGGAUGGUCAUGAUGUCGUCCGGCAAGUUCUUCAACGUAAAGUAUCCCAAGCCAACCGUGAAACCAGAGGACCUCCGUACGAUUCUCUCCAAACAUACGCCUACGAAGGGAGAGGGUCGCUGGCAGGUUCAGUCAGUUCGCUCGGUCUGACACAGGAUUCAUUCCCGGAACUAAGUUGCACUGAUUUAGAAGAGUGGGGGCCAAAUCAGCUCAUUCUAGGACUCAUCAUUGGAGACCAAGAUUCAACAGACUCCUAA